AUGGCGUCCGGCUUGUUACCAUUUCGGCCACUGGCAAUCGUUAGAGCUAGUAUCAGCGCCGAUGACCGGAAACCUGACGCUAAAAAAACUUCAUCGUCCCACUGGUGGGCCCCGCUAUUCGGAGUCUCGUCGGAGCCGGACUAUUUACAGUCUGACGAUAAAAAGACCAACCACCUGGAUCCGAUACAGCCGAGGUCCCGGUUCACUCCGGGAUCUUUCACGGAGGAAAAGGCGAAGCAGCUCCGGAGGAUGACAACUGAUACGUCGUCGCAUGAUAUGUAUCACUCCGCCAUCGCAUCAAGGCUCGCCUCCGAUUUCACCGACCGGCGUACUUCGUGA